GAAGCGAGGGCGAAAGCUCCUCGAGACGCGCCGUGCUCUCGCACAUUACGCUACGGCAGCACCCCACUUCACUCUGCUGUGCUUUCCCCGCCGAGCUGUUUCUUCCACUCAAGCCGCAACGGCGCCAUCCGCGUCCUCCAAUCCAAUGGUGGCAGCCUCGCCUCCCUCCUUCCAUCUCGCCCUCCUCCUCUUCGCAGCCCACGCGGCCGUCGGCAGCGCCGCGGGGGCGGUCGGGGUGAGCGGCGGCGGGCAGCUGUGGUGCGUGGCGAAGAACAACGCCGAGGACGGCGCGCUGCAGUCGGCCAUCGACUGGGCCUGCGGCCCCAACGGCGGCGCCGACUGCCGCGCCAUCCAGCAGGGCGGCGCCUGCUACGAGCCGCCCGACCUCCUGGCGCACGCCUCCUACGCCUUCAACGACUACUUCCUCCGAUCCGGCGGCGCCGCCAGCCCCGCCGCCUGCGACUUCUCCGGCGCCGCCGCGCUCAUCGGCCUCAACCCUAGUCGUGGGAACUGCGUGUUUCCUUCCAGGAACUGACUGUUUCAUUUCGAAAUGAUGAAGAACCUGUGUGUGUGCGCGCACGCGUGUGCAUGUGUGUGUGUGAGGGUCGUAUCUUGGAAGUGUAACGCACAUCAUUGUCAGAAGCAACUUGAGCUCAGUGCUAGAGAUGAACACCAAAAUCUGUAGAAAAUAUAACUUCUGCUAAGUGCCCUAUAGACAAAUACUGUAGUCAAUCUUGCAUCAGAAGGGCAGAUCGGAUGAUUCUAUUUCAGUUAUAUUUUGCAAGCAUCAACUAAUUGCCAGGUUUUACCAAAUCUCUGUAUCAGUAACUACAUGAAUGCAUGGCGUUUUGUGUGCCUGAGAUUAGACUCAGGACUAGGAUAAGCACUAGCUAAGAAAGUGUUCAUCUGAUCAUAGGACCUAAGCAUGAUGUUAGGGGCUGUUUGGUUUCAGCCCCCACCAGCCCUUCCAAAACGAGGGUGUGCCAACUUUUUGGCGAAGGAAAUCGCCGCCAACAACUUGCCCGCGUGCUGGUAUAGAAUUGCAAGGGCGUGCCAAAAUCUUGGCUGAGAUCCGAAAUUUUGGAUGUGAUCCAAACGCUUGCCAGCCUGUUGGUCAACGACCAAUAUUUUGGAAGGGCAGCCGUGGGCUGCCAUCCAAACAGCCCCUUAGUCUUUCAUUCUCCUUUCUCUUCCCGGAGUUCAUGUGAUGAUACCCUUUUAGUCUUUUACUGCUAGUAUGGUCAAGGCUAGUAAUGCGGUUUGUCUAACCAAUCAUUCUUCGUGAGUUAUGUAGUGCCGGUUCUUUCUUAGUUUUAAGGAUGUUACAUGAUGUUCAUAGAAACUAAUCAAGUACUCCCUCCGUUCACAAAAAUAAUAUGUUUUGGAUAUUUCAAUAAGGACUACAUACGAACUGAAAUGAGCGAACAAACAUACUAAAACGUAUCUAUGUACAUCUGAUUCAGAAAAAAAAGUUAGAACAUCUUAUAUUUUGUGAACGGGGGGAGUAUUAUUUUACUUCUCCAUUCAUCAUAUAUUAAUUUAGUGAGAGUGUGAGCGGGUUUCAAAUAUCAUUCGUGUUUAUCUGGUUGGUUUGUGACUUUGUGUCAUCCCUGAUUCUCCGGUGCAAAGUUUUAACUUUCAACUUGGCUCAUCACCAUGUCCAUUCCUGGCUCCGCCCUUGCACUAGUUGUUCGUCCACCAUUGUCAGAAUCAGGGCUCCGCAGACCCAGAGAAGGUUGGUUCGAACUCUGGGGCGUGUACGAAGGAUCUCGCUCCACAACGACGCACUGCUCGCCACACCCAAGGCUUGAUCUCACCGAGCGUGCGGAGUCGUAGAGAAGGAAUGAACACAUAGAUUUACCCAGGUUCGGGCCACCUUGCAGUGUAAUACCCUACUCCUGCUUUUGGUGGAUUGGCCUCACGAGGAGGUUGAGUAUGAACUAGUACAGUGGAUCAGCAGCCUCGCGAGGGCUCCGGUGAUGAGGAUGAAUCGACGCCUCUCUACGGUGGAGACUAGUCUAUAUUUAUAGUGGCCAUGGUCCUCUUCCCUCAUAGCUUAGGCGGGAAGGGAUUCCACAGCGACCAAUUUUGAAAGGGGACAGGAAGUACAUCUUAUCCUGACGAAAGAUGGUCUCCGCCUGCAAAGCUUCUAGCCAUGACGCCGCGGUGGGCUCGGUGAUGACAUCCGUCCUGCCGGGCUCAUGAUUGCGGUCUCGUUGCACCGGAAUGGAAACCUUUGGGGAAUCCCUCGGGAACCCGUGUGCGUCCUUGCCUCCUUAGCACAAAAGGGACUGCGCCCGCUGGCGCCCGCCUGGCCUUGGUCGUCAUGGCUCACGUCAUCGCGCGCCUCGUGAGGCGGGACGCUCGCAUAGAGAUCUCCGCUCCUCGGGAGGCAGCCUGGGGAGGCCGCUCCUCUGGAGGUCUUGGUGUCGUUCUCCUCACGGCCAGGGGCCCUCGCGAGGGUCUUGUUCUUGGGGUCUUGGAGCUAGGCCGUAUCGGGCCGUUGAUGAAGCCAUGCGCCGGGCCGCAGGCAGGCAGGUCUGGAUACCCCCGAUCCCAGAACGCCGACAACCAUGCUAGCAAGUAAAUAUCCUUCUAGCUCACAAGGUCAUGAUCUGUUUCAUCCAUGUUGAUGGUGUGGUCGAGGUAGUGGUGUAGCUUACUUAUUUUUUCUGUCACAAUGAAAUACUAAUUUAUCGCUUUCAUAUAUAUACACAUUGCUUAACCAUAUCACGCAUUGGAGGUUACCAACUAUUAAUUCGGCCACUAAAAUUGUUGGCUGUACAGUUCAGUAAUGGAAAUUAAAAAAUGAUCAACUUUAGGUCUAUUUGUUCUAUUGAAGGUUUGCGCUAAGAUGCAGUUUUGAUGAUCUGACAUCCUUCAUAUGAUUUUUAUAUCUUUGAUUGACUGAGAAUGAUCUAAGAUUGGCAUGCAUGUCUGCAUGUAGCUAUACACAUAGUUAGUUGACAGAUAAAUUUUACCAGUCAUAGGCAUCCACUAGAACAUUAAGGUGAGGUAUUAAUUGUAGCUCUGUAGCUAGACACUUACCCAAAGUUUUGAAGGUUCUUGCAAAGUGAUUAGCAUAUCUGUUACAUGGAAUGCAAGAAGCAAAUUUUAUAGAUUUAGCUCGUGGUUAUUGUGUUGUGCUUGUUUUGAAGCUUCUGCAGAAAAGAAGUUGUGAAAAAUUACUCUGUUUUGAUAAAUUAAAUUAAAUUAAGAUUAGAUUUUUCUUGAUCCGGUCGUCUUCUCACUAUAUCCCUUUUUGAAACUGGGUCAUGAAAAGAAGGCAGUUAGCCAAACACCCAAAUAUCUAAAAACAGCUUCACCGACAAGAUUAUCAUAACCAAGAGUCACGACAAUGCAGCCACUUUGCUUAUUUCAGUUCUUAGAAACUGAAUCAUAGAAAAUUCCUUUUUGAGCUACAUAUUGUUUAAUUUAAUAUGUCAAGUCUCUGCAGAACCAUUAACCCCAUACUUGUUCCA